AUGCACCUGGGGAGGACGGGGAGGAAGGGAGGAGACAAAGAGCUGGAGGAAGCUCUUGCCAUCCAGCCAGUUAGCCCACAGGAGGCUUGGGAUUCAUGGUGCACAGGUGCCAUGCAGCCCCGGAUGCUUCUCAUUGUGGCCCUCUUGGCUCUCCUGGCAUCUGCCCGAGCUGAUGAGGUAGAGGGAUCCUUGCUGCUGGGCUCUGUGCAGGGCUACAUGGAGCAUGCCUCCAAGACGGUCCAGGAUGCACUAAGCAGUGUGCAGGAGUCUGAUAUAGCUGUGGUGACCAGGGGCUGGAUGGACAAUCGCUUCAAAUCCCUGAAAGGUUACUGGAGCACGUUUACUGACAAGUUAACUAGCCUCUGGGAAUCUACCCCUGAGGUUGAACCAACUCCAGCUGUUGAGCCAUGAGACGUCUGUGUUCCAGAUGUGCCUGUUCACCCAUCCUGCUGGCCUCCCAGGCCUGCCAUGUGGCCCCUGAAGGUUGCUUUAAGGGCAAAGUAUAUCCUGAUGU